AUAUCUUUACAAGAAAGUAUCGAUGAAGUUAUCGAAAAAAGUCAUGAGUUGCAAGGUUCUUUACUUGCUAUACGAAAAGAAGUAACUAAGUUUCAAUCUAAAUACGAGUUAUGUGAUAACCUUAAAGCUCAAUUCGAAAAAAUUAAAUUUGCG